AUGACUCGCCAACUCACCCUUUCGUCCACUUACAAACUAAACUCGGGCUUCGAAAUCCCCGUGUUAGGCUUCGGAGUCUACCAAACUCCUCCAAGCCAGACAAGCGCCGCAGUCCAAGAGGCACUCAAAGCCGGCUAUCGUCACAUCGACAGCGCAGCCUUUUAUCGCAACGAACGUGCCUCCGCGGACGGUAUCAUCAAAUCCGGUGUCCCCCGUGAAGAGGUCUUUUUCACAACAAAGGUACCAGCGCAGUCAAUCUCGUAUGAAGGCGCCAAGGAGGCAUUAAAGAAGAGCUUAGCGGAAGUAGCGCAGUUGAAGUAUAUCGAUUUGGUGCUAUUGCAUGCCCCAUUUGGUGGAAAGGAGGGUAGAUUGGGGGCUUGGAAGGCGCUUGUGGAGGCUGUCGAGGAGGGCACGGUGAGGAGUAUUGGAGUUUCAAAUUAUGGUGUGCAGGUAUGUCUCCUAACUACCCUUGGCAUCUUCUUUUCUUAUAUUGAUGUGUAUGGGCAGCACCUCGACGAAUUAGAGAAGUACAUCAAAGACACAGACUCAAAGCUCGGCAAGGGUAAAGGCGGAGUCUUGAGUGUCAACCAAAUCGAGCUUCAUCCUUGGCUGCAACGCAGAGAUAUCAUUGACUGGUGCCAGAAACGAGGCGUUGUGGUUCAGGCAUGGGCUCCGUUGGCGCAGGCAAAUCGUUGGAAUGAUCCGUCGUUGAAGGAUAUUGUUAAACGCACCGGCAAGACGGAGGCUCAGAUCCUCCUGCGGUGGAGUUUGCAGAAGGGCUUCAAUCCACUCCCCAAAUCUGUGACGCCAUCCCGUAUCGUGGAGAACACCAAGAUUUUCGAUUUUGAGUUGUCCGAUUCUGAGUUGGCGGUAUUGGAGACGGAUGAGUAUGACUAUCAUGGCUGGGACCCUACGACAUUAGAUUAA